AUGGAGAGCUGGGAAGAGUCACAAGAAUCCAUCAAAGCUGAAAUGAGCCAGUUGAAAGACCAGGUUGGCCAAAUCUUGGUCGCCCUUGAAUCCCUGAAGGCUAUUGGAGAGUCUUCGUCUACAUUGGUUGGCGGGAAUGCCCAUUUUUAUCCACCGUUGUUCAAUGCUAUGCGCCAAUCGAUUCCUUUCCCGUUGUACGGGUUACCCCCGGAAUACACUCCUCCCGUAGGAGAAUAUUUGGAAGGGGAGCAUGCGUCGUUUCCCAUUCCCACAACUGUUGAUGUACCGCCAAUCACUACUCAGGUACCUAUCUCUAUGGCAGCUCCCUUGGUAAGUGCACAAAUGAAUGAAGCAAUUACAGUUGAAGGAACACGAGUGACUACAGUACCGCAUAUGAUUGUUAACCACGAUUCUUCAGCAAGAGCCGCAUCACAAACCGCGGCGCAUGCGGGAACCAACAUCACUAACGGAGCUAAAAACAGACUAGAGAUUCUGGAGGAAAAAAUGAGGGCUAUUGAAGGGAUGGAAAAUUAUGGGUUUGGAAAUGUUGCAAGACUAAGUUUGGUUCCUGGAGUAAAAAUACCGUAUAAGUUCAAAGCGCCAGAAUUCGAGAAGUACAAGGGUGAUACAUGCCCUAAAAACCAUCUAGCCAUGUAUUGCAGAAAAAUGGCUGCGUAUGAUGACGACCAGUUACUCAUCCAUGUUUUCCAAGAUAGUCUAGUUGGGGUAGCAUUAAAUUGGUAUACUCACUUAGAGCCAUCUCGAAUCCAUUGUUGGGCAGAUCUGGCCGACGUCUUUGUAAAACGGUAUAUAUACAACACACAUGUAGCACCGGACCGUCUGCAAUUACAGAAUAUGGGGAAGAAAGACAAUGAAACCUUCAAGGAAUAUGCCCAAUGGUGGAGAGAAUUGGCCACACAAGUAGAGCCGCCUUUGUUUGAAAGAGAAAUGGUGGCAAUGUUUGUAAAUACGCUCCAGCCACCGUUUUAUGAAUAUAUGGUGGGGAAUGUAUCCGUCAAUUUCGCUGACGUCAUCAUAAUCGGCGAGAGGAUAGAAAUUGGGGUGAGGAAUGGGAAGAUUACAAGUAGCCCAUCUGCGGUGGAAAACUCUAAAAAGAAGCCCUCUUUCAAUCCAGGAAAGAAGAAAGAAGGAGAUGUGCAUGCAACAUCGGCAAUGCCUCUAUGGAGAGGUCAUGCUCCUAUUCACAAGUAUAGGCCAUACCUAGGCCAGCCACCAUAUGCAGCCAAUACGACUUUUGCUCAUCCAAUCCGGCCUCAACAACAACAAGGAUUUUACCAAUCACAACCCAUCACAAGCAACGCUUGGAGGACUGUGCCAAGUGCAAAUCCAAAUCCGAAUGCAGGUCAAGGCACUUACCUAGGAAAAACCCAGGAAAGAAACCUUGUUCACUUCACCCCCAUCCCUAUGACUUACACUGAAUUAUUACCUCACCUCGUCAAAAGGGGUCUGGUUGCUAUAUGCCCAAUGAUACCCAUGCAGCCUCCAUACCCUAGGGGUUAUGAUGCCGACGCCAAGUGUAGUUAUCAUGGGGGAGGAGUGGGUCACUCAACUGAGAGGUGUAUGGCCUUCAAGCGUAAAGUGCAGGCCCUAAUUGACGCUAGGUGGCUAAAAUUUCAAGAAGAUAAACCUAGCAUUGAUGCUAAUCCGUUAUCCGGGCAUGGGAGUGCCUCGACAAACGCCAUUGAGGUUAAGGAGCAUAGACUGAUAAAGGAUGCAAGCGAAAUCCGAAGUUCCAGAAGAUUCAUUUUUAAGGAAUUAUUGAAGUUGGGUCUUUUAAGUGGGGAUUAUGAUUUGGGAAGAGCAUGUGGACUCCAUCCAUGCACGGAACACUCUAUAGAGGAAUGCGUUGAAUUCGAAGAGUUUCUACAAGAUCUGCUUGAUAGGAAUUUGAUGCAAGUAUGCUACGAAGACAAGGAUGAUGAGGUGUUUGCACAAAUUGGUAUGGAGCCUGAUGUAACUUUGCCAGAGCCGUUGAUAAUCCGUUUCACUCGAACCACCCCUACACCAGUAAUUCAAGGAAGAUCGCCCGUUGUCAUCCAUACACCAGUUCCUUUUCCUUACAAAAGCGAGAAAGUUGUCCCUUGGAGGUAUGGGACACGUGUAGUCGACAAAGGACAGUGCAUUGAAAGUCAAUUCUCUAGCCAGGAUCCAACUGUUGAAAAUAUAUCAGGCAUCGGCGGAAUGACAAGGAGUGGUCGAAUCUUCACGCCACCAAACUUGACGAGAAGAGGAGCUAGCAAUAAUGAAACACCAAUUUACGCAAAUACUAAGGACCAUUUAAAAGGGAAAGGGGUGCAGGCAAAGGAGACCCCUGACAAGGCGGACAAGAAAGAAAUCUCUAAGAAGGAGGCUUGCGAGUUCUUGAAAUUCAUACAACAAAGUGAGUACAAAGUGGUGGAACAAUUGAAUCGUACGCUUGCCCGGAUCUCCCUGUUAUAGUUACUUAUGCACUCGGCCUCCCAUAGAAAACUACUAAUGAAGAUACUGAGCGAGGCCCAUGUGGAACAAGGUAUUUCCCUGAACCAAUUCGAGGGCAUUGUCAGCAACAUCACUGCUAAUAAUUACCUCACCUUUACCGAUGAGGAAAUACCUGAGGAGGGGAGAGGGCAUAACAAGGCUCUCCAUGUCUCCGUAAAAUGUUUGGACCACGGCAUAGCACGCGUGUUGAUAGACAACGGCUCCUCCCUAAAUGUCAUGCCCAAGAUGACAUUAGAGAGGCUACCUUGUGACGGAAUGCAGAUGAAGCCAAGUUCUAUGAUUGUGAGAGCAUUUGACGGUAGCAAGAGGGAAGUCAUGGGAGAAAUAGAGUUGCCGGUCCAAAUUGGCCCAUGUGAUUUUCAAAUAACCUUCCAGGUCAUGGAUAUCCUCCCAGCCUAUAGUUGUCUAUUGGGUCGCCCAUGGAUCCAUUCUACAGGAGUUGUGCCUUCCACACUGCACCAAAAACUGAAAUAUAUCAUGGGAGAUAAGCUGGUAAUAGUUUCUGGAGAGGAGGAUCUCCUUGUGAGUGGGCCAUCCUCCACCCGUUACAUAGAGGCAGCCGAGGAGGCUCUGGAAACAGCUUUUCAAUCACUAGAAAUUGUGGGAAACACCUAUGUUGAGUAAUUUCCUAUGAACCCACAUUUAUCAUGCACCUCUAUCAUGAUGGCCAAGGUCAUGCUGAAAGAAGGUUAUAAGUACGAGAAUGGUUUAGACAAGUAUGGACAAGGAUGUACAUUCCUAUUGGAGGUGAUUGAGAACAAAAACAGGUAUGGCCUAGGGUACAAGCCCAGCAAGGAGGAUAAGAAGAGGUUGAUUGAGGAACGGAAGGAGCGUAGUUUGGCUCGGAUGGGGAAACGGGAACCUAGGGCGAGGAAAAUCCACAUUUGCGGUAUCAAAGAGAGUUUUCGCAGUGCGGGAUGGGUGAACACUAGCCAUAUAGCGAUGGUGGAAGAGGAAGCUAGAUCUGAAAGCUCAAACUUCGUGUGGGCUUGCUCCCCCCGGAUGCACAGCUCAACAAUUGGAAAACUUUGGAUUUACCCAUAUGACAAUGAAUGUUUUGAAAAUAAUAAUGUCAAUAUCCCUAAGUGGGAGCACCCUGUCAUUAAUGCGGAAGAUGAUCUGGAACCCUCGCCAGAGCUUUUGAGAUUAGUGGAACAAGAGUCUAAAGAGAUAAAACCCCAUCAGGAAGAGAUUGAAAUACUUAACUUGGGAGAGGAAGACGAGAUAAAAGAAGUAAAGAUCGGCACUACCAUGAAAGAAGAAGUAAGGGAAAGGUUGCGAGUCCUAUUGAAGGAAUUUAAGGACGUCUUUGCUUGGUCGUACAAUGAUAUGCCUGGCUUGGAUACCGAUAUCGUGCAGCAUAAACUCCCCCUUUUACCAGAAUGUCUUCCGGUCAAACAAAAAUUAAGAAGAAUGAAACCGGAGAUGUCUUUGAAAAUCAAGGAAGAGGUGCAGAGACAAUUUGAUGCAGGAUUUUUGGCUGUGGCAAAAUACCCGCAAUGGGUGGCAAAUAUCGUACCAGUACCCAAGAAAGAUGGUAAAGUUCGGAUGUGUGUGGACUACCGUGAUUUGAAUCGGGCAAGUCCAAAAGACAAUUUCCCACUACCACACAUCGACACUCUAGUCGAUAAUACAGCCAAGUUUUCACUAUUUUCAUUCAUGGAUGGUUUCUUGGGAUAUAAUCAGAUCAAGAUGGCACCUGAGGACAUGGAAAAGACUACCUUCAUCACAUUGUGGGGAACAUUUUGUUAUAAGGUGAUGUCUUUCGGGCUCAAGAAUGCUGGGGCAACAUAUCAAAGGGCGAUGGUGACACUUUUUCAUGAUUUGAUGCACAAGGAGAUCGAAGUGUAUGUGAAUGACAUGAUUGCUAAGUCUGAAUCAGAAGAAAAGCACAUUCUCAACUUGAGAAAAUUAUUUGAAAGGCUGAGGAAGUUUAAACUCAGGUUAAACCCUGAUAAAUGCACGUUCGGAGUGAAAUCUGGAAAAUUGCUAGGCUUUAUUGUUAGUCAAAAGGGAAUAGAAGUAGAUCCUGACAAGGUACGAGCAAUAGCAGAAAUGCCUGCCCCUAGGACGGAAAAAGAGGUUCGAGGUUUCCUGGGUAGAUUGAACUACAUUGCUAGAUUCAUCUCCCAAUUAACCGCCACUUGUGAACCGAUAUUCAAGUUAUUGCGUAAGAAUCAGGCUUUGGUUUGGAAUGAGGAUUGUCAGGCCGCUUUUGAAAAGAUUAAGCAAUAUCUACAAAACCCUCCGGUGUUGCGUCCACCUGAGCCAGGAAGACCACUCCUUUUGUAUUUGACUGUGUUGGACGAAUCAAUGGGUUGUGUAUUAGGUCAGCACGACGAAGAUGGGAAAAUAGAGCAUGUUAUAUAUUAUUUAAGCAAGAAGUUCACAGAAUGUGAACAACGAUAUUCAUCAUUAGAGCGAACUUGUUGCGCGUUGGCAUGGGCUACUCAUCGCUUGAGGCAGUAUAUGUUAAGUCACUCUACUUGGUUAAUAUCUAAGAUGGAUCCCAUCAAGUAUAUUUUUGAAAAGCCCGCUCUCACUGGAAGGAUAGCUCGGUGGCAGGUGCUAUUGUCAGAGUAUGACAUAGUAUAUGUCACUCAGAAAUCCGUCAAAGGUAGUGCAUUGGCAAAAUACCUGGCUCAUCAACCCAUCCACGACUAUUGGCCAAUGCAACCCGAAUUCCCUGACGAAGAUACCAUGGCUCUAUUCAAGGAAGGCCGAGAAAACUGAGACGAAGAAGCAUGGAUAUUAUUAUUCGAUGGAGCCUCGAAUGUAAUGGGACAUGGCAUUGGGGCAGUUCUUAUCGCUCCAGAUAAGCAGUACAUGCCAAUGACAUCAAGGCUGUGUUUUAAUUGCACAAAUAACAUUGCAGAAUAUGAGGCAUGCGCUAUGGGUAUUCGGGCGGCAAUAGAGUCCAAAGUGAAAAUUCUGGAGGUAUAUGGAGAUUCAGCUUUAGUCAUCCACCAAUUGAAGGGAGAAUGGGAAACAAGGGAUGCAAAAUUAAUUCCUUACCAAGCUCACAUCAAGGGAUUAAUGAAGUAUUUUGAUGACAUCACAUUUAACCACAUACCGCGGGAGGAUAACCAAUUAGCAGACGCAUUGGCUACUUUGUCAUCCAUGUUUGAAGUUGACCAAAAUACAAAAUUACCAGUGAUUGAAAUGAAGAAGCAUGCGGAGCCAGCAUAUUUCCAUUUCAUCAAGGAGGAGGUGGAUGGUAAACCUUGGUACUUUGAUAUCAAGCACUAUCUUAAGACCCGAGAAUAUCCAGAAAAAGCAUCUGAAAACGAUAAAAGGUCGUUACGAAGGUUGGCUGGCAGCUUUAUUUUAAGUGGGGAUAUUUUAUACAAGAGAAAUCACGACAUGAUUCUCCUCAGAUGUGUAGAUGCAAAAGAAGCCGAGUGGAUAUUGAAAGAAGUGCACGAAGGUACAUUUGGAACACACACGAAUGGGCACUCAAUGGCUAGGAAGAUCUUGAGAGCUGGUUACUUCUAGUUAACCUUGGAAAAUGAUUGUUGUACACACGUGAGGAGGUGCGAGAAAUGUCAAAUGUAUGCAGACAAUAUCAAUGUGUCGCCCACGACUUUGAACGUGUUGUCUGCACCAUGGCCAUUUUCGAUGUGGGGGAUAGAUGUUAUUGGAGCUAUAGAGCCAAAAGCGUCAAAUGGACAACGCUUCAUACUAGUCGCAAUCGAUUAUUUCACCAAGUGGGUUGAAGCUGCUUCUUAUGCCAACGUGACUAAAAAGGUGGUGACCAGAUUCAUAAAAAGGGAGUUGAUCUGCAGAUACGGGCUACCUAACAAUAUCGUCACUGAUAAUGCCACCAACUUGAACAACCGGAAGGCGGAGUUAUGUGAGGAGUUCAAAAUUCAUCAUCUUAAUUCUUCUCCUUACCGUCCAAAAAUGAAUGGGGCAGUAGAAGCUACUAAUAAGAAUAUCAAGAAGAUCGUACAAAAGAUGGUGGUCACUUAUAAGGAUUGGCACGAAAUGCUUCCCUUUGCUUUGCAUGGAUAUCGUACAUCAGUACGAACGUCAACUGGUGCAACACCUUUCUCGCUGGUGUAUGGGAUGGAAGCAGUGCUUCCAUUUGAGGUAGAAAUCCCAUCUCUACGAAUUUUAUUGGAAACCCAAUUGGAGGAAGCCGAGUGGGUUCAAGCUCGUUUUGAUCAGCUCAAUCUCAUCGAAGGGAAGAGACUGACAGCGGCGUGCCACGGGCAAUUGUAUCAAAAAAGAAUGAAAAAGGCGUUCGACAAAAAAAUACGCCCAAGGGAGUUUCAUGAAGGCGAACUGGUGUUAAAGAAGAUAUUGCCCAUACAAAGGGAUUUAAGAGGCAAAUGGACCCCAAAUUAUGAAGGGCCGUUUGUAGUAAAGAAGGCAUUCUCUGGAGGGGCACUAAUCCUCACAAGGAUGGACGGAGAGGAGUUACCUUUACCAGUUAAUUCUGAUGCGGUAAAAAGGUUUUACGCAUGAUGAUUCCGAGAUAGGGGAUGCUACUAAGGGAUAUUAACGCUGUUUUGUAAAA